AUGCCCCAUACGCCAGGUUAUCCUGAACCGGAUCCUAAUGACGAAUUCAACGAGAUCAAGUUCAAGUUUCAAAACGAUCUGGAGACAUUCGCCAUGCCCGAGUUUGACGCCCGCUUGCUCCGCCGAUACAAGCCUCACAACUACCAUGGGCCAGGGCACGAGACGUUUGCGACUGUGUACGCCACUCGGAAUGCGACACUAUACGAUCCUUACUUUGUCGCAGCCCAGCAAAUGGCGUAUCGUCUUCUAUGGGAUCCCAAUUCAAAGUCCAUCGAGCAUCCCUUGACGGUAUUCGUCGCUCCCUUCGUCGAACAGAAUAAGCGGGAUCUGCUUCAAGCGGCAGGCGCUAUCGUGCGUGAGCUUGAUCUCCUCGAAUGGCACCCCGAGGCGCAGACAUACGCACGCUGGCGAGAUCUCUUCAUGAAGCUCAACAUGUGGGAGCAGACCGACUUCUCACGAAUUGCUUUUCUCGACCUAGACGCUUUCCCAGUGGUAAACAUCGACAAGAUCUUUGACAUCGCGCCCUCGAAGAAAUGCGACAAGUCAAAGCUUUCUGACGACGACAAGUCGAAAGUCAAGGACAUUUGCAAAUACACCUUUACGGGUACCCAAGUUCCUGGCUACGGUAUCAACGUCGGAGUCAUGGUCUUCUCGCCGAACAAGGCCAUGCACAUGAGACUGUUGCGCUUGAUGAGGGACGAAGACAAGUAUGACAGCAAGAUGGCAGAGCAGGCAUUCCUGUCGUAUGCGUAUUCGCCAGAAGGUCCGUUCUCACCGAGUUUUAUCUCCCGCGAGUGGAACGGAUAUUUCCCGCAACCUGGCGAUGAAGGUGCUUUCAAGAUCGUCCACGAGAAGCUGUGGUCCAAUAUCGCGCAGAUUCCCUGGGCCCGGGACUAUUUCAAUGGAACAUGGACGAAUUUGCUGGAAUUAUACGCGAGCGAGUCGUUCGUCGAGUUGAGAAAGGCAGAUGGAUUGAGAGAGUACUAG